AUAAAAGAGCGUCUCCUUAUCUGGUCGAGCAGCCUAUCUCGGCUUCGGGUUGAUGCAAGCCACACUCGCCACAGCGAUGCCCGCCCAAACCCUCCUCUUCUCCGCCUCCUCCGCUGUCCUUCCCCACCUUGCCCCGCCGGCUUCCUCUGCUCGCCCCCUCCAUCGCUCCGCCCUCCUCGGCCAGCCCUUCCGCUGCCGUCCCUUCUCCUUUCCCAAGGUCGCCUCCUCUGCCUCUCCCGCCGCCGCCAGGCCCCUCGUCGUCGUUGCCGUCAUCAAGAAGGCCGUGGCCGUCCUCAAGGGGAACUCUGACGUCGAGGGCGUCGUCACCCUCGUCCAAGAAGACAAUGGUCCUACAACAGUUAAUGUUCGUGUCACUGGACUCACACCCGGGCUUCAUGGUUUUCAUCUACAUGAGUAUGGCGACACAACAAAUGGCUGCAUUUCAACAGGGGCUCACUUCAACCCUAACAAAAUGACACAUGGUGCUCCUGAAGAUGAAGUCCGUCAUGCGGGUGAUCUGGGAAACAUAGUUGCCAACUCUGAAGGUGUAGCUGAGGCAACAAAGGUGGACAGUCAGAUACCUUUGUCUGGGCCGAAUUCAGUUGUUGGCAGGGCCUUAGUGGUUCAUGAACUUGAGGAUGAUCUGGGAAAAGGUGGUCAUGAACUUAGCCUUACCACUGGAAAUGCUGGAGGAAGAUUGGCAUGUGGUGUUGUUGGUUUGACUCCAGCCGAGUAAUUAUUUCAUACAUCCUAGAAAAGCUUGUUCAUUUGCAGGCAGUGGAACUUGUUUCCAGGUCGAUGAACCUAAUGGUUUCUAGCAUUUCAUUGGGGCAUAUGCAUAAGAAACAAAGACUGUUUCCUUUUUGUAUCUUAAGAUGCCACCUAAUAAUCAGAGUAUCAAUCUGGUUAGGAUAAUGAAUUGUGAUUUUUAAAAUAAAUUCAAGACUGCAGUUUGAGCUGCAUUAUUCU